CCGAUCAAGUCCCCAGAUAUUGACUUAAGUCAGUCCACGUGCAGGUCGCGUUCUUUACACGUUUCCAUUGUGAUAUCGUGGGUGUUUCAUGACUUUUCACUCAUCGAAUAUUUAAAAACAAAAAAAAAAAAAAAAGGAAACACAACCAGCCAAAUAUUUAAAUAUUUCACGGAUAUUAUCAUAAAUUAACAUGAUCAACACGCCAACGAAAGAUGAGACCAUUAACGCCGACUUGAGAUUGACCUACGACAACAUUUUCUAAACUCCUUGGAAUACUUCAAGAAAUUUCCCUCUUUUACAAAAAAACAAAAAAAAAAAAUUCCUCUAGAAAUUUCAGUUUAAAUCCAAGGUUUCGAAAUUUUUCCUCUUUUUUUUUUUGCAAAUCUGUUCUUUAUUUUCAACGAGAAAAUGUAUUUUCUUCAAAUCAAACCAAAAUAUUUCGAAGAUUAAAUUUUUCUUUCGAAUUCAAAAUUUUCCAAGCAGUGUAAAAACAUAAAUUUCGAGAAAAUCUCCAUUAACGAGAAAAAUGAAGCAGAAAAUUAGAAUUUCAUUCUGAAAAUCCGUUUCUAAAUUAGUGUCUUGAGGAAGAAAAUGUUUUUGUUUGAGUGAAUAAACUAAAUAUAAGAAAACAAAGACAGUGGAGUAGGUGACAAUAAUUUUUUUCUGAAAAAAAAAAAAUUCGUAACUUGAUCAUAAAAUGAAAAGCCAGGAGUAUUUAAUCACAAACCGUGAGAGUGAAUAAAAUUUGCAAUGAAAGAAAGUGAAGACUGACAAAAAGGAACAAAAAAAAAAAAAAAAAAAAAUUCUCAUAGAUCAUGCAGCUGAGGAUCUCGUGGACUUUUCGGUACGUGCUGCUGAUAAUAGCCGUGAAUGUAAUCAAUGGAAAACACGAUAUUCAGGAAAUAUUGAAUUACAAAUCGCCGAGUAUUUCAAGUUUAUCAUCACGAAGUCUCUCGAAAUUUGUGAAACCGAUUGCCACCCAUCAAUUGGCGGGUCAACGAGCUUUUGUCAAUGAUUAUGAAUUCAGCAACAGAAGAGAUGGCACUUCAUUCGACGACGAAAGCAAUAAUCGUGCUAAAGAUCAGCUAUUCAAUGAUUUGGCGGCAAACUCGAGGGCAAACAAGUACGUUCGUCAAAAUCGAGCCAUCGAGAGUACUAUACAAAAUGUGAUCGAUCGAGAUUUCAUUAGGGGAAGUUCCUCGAAUUCUAAUAGUGGAUUUCUUUCAUAUUCACGUGGUGAAAAUAGAUUUCCCAUUGUUACAAAUAAUUAUCCAAAUCAAGAGUGGAACUCGGCGGGAUUUAAUGAUCAAAAAGAUGAUGAGGAGGAUUUUUUGAAUUUGAGUGAUGAUGAUAAUGAUAAUGAGAGUGUAAUGUUUGAGCAAUUUUUAGAUGAUCUUAGUAAAAAACGAACUAAUGGAGAAUUGGAUGAUUUGAAUAAUAAUUCGGGAACUGGACGAAGACAGGGAAGACGAAGAAAGCUCAAUAGUCAAGAGCAGGGAAUUCUUCUUGUCGAGGCUCUUAGAAAGAAACGAAAUUUUACCUACGUUAACGAUCAUCGUGGUCAUGGAGCUGAUAUUCAGAGCGGAAUUAUGGAUAUGCUUGGCAAAAUGAUUCCUCAGACGUGUAAAUACAAGGGCGCAAAAUUUGAAUGUGGCCUUAGUAUAAGUUGUGUCCUUGGAGGUGGUCGACCCGUUGAUCUUUGUUCCGGAGGUAUGAUUUGGAGUUGUUGCGUCGACGAUGACGACAUUCCCGAAAAGGUGACAAAACCCACUUCUGGACUUCUCCAAAAUGCCAGUUGCGGAGAACUUUACACGAGAAGUAACAGAAUUGUUGGUGGACAUAGUUCUAGUUUUGGCAGUCAUCCGUGGCAGGCCGCUAUUAUCAAAUCAGGAUUCCUGUCGAAAAAGCUUUCGUGCGGGGGAGCUUUACUCAACAAUCGGUGGAUUGUAACUGCUGCUCAUUGUGUUGCCACGUCUCCGAACAGCAACUUAAAAGUCAGGCUUGGAGAAUGGGACGUCAGGGACGCUUCAGAACGAUUACUUCACGAGGAGUUUAACAUUGAGCGAAAAGAGGUACAUCCAUCAUAUUCACCAUCGGAUUUUCGUAAUGAUGUGGCUCUUAUCAAAUUAUCGAGGACGGUCUCUUUUAAGCAACAUAUCGUGCCGGUUUGUUUGCCAGCGAGAAAUUUGAAACUCUCAGGACGAUCGGCUACGGUUGCUGGUUGGGGACGAACACGACACGGUCAAGUUUCAGCGCCGACAGUACUACAGGAAGUCGAAGUCGAGGUGAUUCCGAAUGAAAGGUGUCAAAGAUGGUUUAGAGCUGCAGGUAGAAGGGAAACAAUUCACGAUGUUUUUUUGUGCGCUGGAUACAAAGAAGGCGGAAGAGAUUCUUGUCAAGGGGAUUCUGGAGGUCCUUUAACAAUGUCCGUGGAAGGAAGACAUGUCCUAAUUGGCCUAGUUUCUUGGGGAAUUGGUUGUGGACGUGAACAUUUGCCUGGAGUUUACACAAAUAUCCAAAAGUUUGUACCAUGGAUAGAUAAAGUUAUGAGCUAAUGGACAGAUUUUGCAUUUUUAUCUCUCUGAAAGAAACGAAAGCGAAAGAAACAUAAACGAUAUACAAAGAGUAGAGCUACUCGAGUUACCAAAGUUUCUUUCUAAACAUUUACAAGAAAAUGCCUUUUUUACAUUUCGAGUUACAAUUUUCUUGAAGAAAGCAAUGAGAGAAGUGAUAUAUAAGUAAGAUCAAAAAAAGAAAGAAGUUUAAUGAAAGUUUAUCUUACGUUCUUAAAGUAAAAUUUAUGACGAAAAAAAAUCUAGCUUUGCUUUGGACGGAUAAGAACAAAAUUAAACUUGAAAAAAAGUGUUAUUUAUUCAAAAUUAAAAUCACUUAUCUAUUAUUAUUUAAGAAACGAACGACUGAACGGGAAAAUUAUUCAGUUUUUUUUGUUAUUAAAUUUUAAACGGAUUUUAGCACUUUAUUAUGGAAUAAAAAAAAUAAAUGCGAUUUCCAUUUAAAAGUAAAAAAUUAUGUUUUUCUUUAACGAUUUGCUAUAUUUGCGUCUUGUAGAUAAAAAAGGCCAUUUGAAUCUCAAUUCUGAAAUGAAAUCUCAGGUUGUUGAAAUUUCGAAAAGAUUCUCUUAAUCAUCAAAAUAGAAUCUUUCAAUUAUUCAAACUCGCCAUGAUUAAAUCUUGUAUAUUAUUUUUAUAUCCAAAUACAUUAAUUGUGUUUGGCAAAUAUUUAAUAAAAAAAAAAAGAAAAAUAA